CUGGAAAAAAAAAGAGAAGAACGAGGAUUAAACUGCUUGGAAGUAUCUAAAAAAGGCGAUCAGAUGAAGUUGAGUCUACGGUUGACCAGUAGGGGGCCUCGGCUCCUUGCUGUGCUGCCUCUGUCUCCUCCCCCUAAGUGUGGAGUAGGAGUAAGUUAUCUUGUUCUCCACUAGUGAAGCCGUGCAGUGGGUGGCACCUCCCCCAGCAGGACAAACAGAGAUAGGAUGCUUUGGACUCUCCCCGUGGCUGGGAGUGGUGCAGCCAGCCUUUAGCCCCACCCACCAGGCUGUGGAGUAGGAGGAUCUGAGCACUGCCCGACCUGAUCCUUUCACUCUUCCCCACAGUGUGGAGCAGUCGGCAGUGCACGCACAUACACUCACACACUCUCACACAGCCACACACAUUCACUCACACACACUCGCAUGCAACAAAGCAAGCAGAGAAGGGAGGCGGUAAAAUCAAAGAACAUUAGAGACAGAAACAACCUUUUUCCGGAGUUUUCUUUUGGGAGGGGAUAUUAAAAUCAGCCUGGAGUUUGUGCCAUUUCCUGUCGACUGCCUACAUCACAGCUUUGUGCUUCAGCCAGAGGGGAACAAAGUGAGCAACUGGGAUAUCUGUCAACCUCCUUUGGGAUCUGACGCCGCACUGACUGUCAACGAGUGAAGGAGUAUAGCGUGAGAAAAACAAAAGCAAGAGAGAGCAAGCGACAAAGUCAGGGCAUGAGCAGAAGACCAGAAGCCGGCUUUCCGGAGAAGUGAUUGCUACAUUGCCCCCUCCUCUUCCCUUAUCUCCCUCCUCCUUCCUCUCUUCUCUCCUGUGCCGUUGCUCCUUGUUUCUUCACGCACACCUCCACUGCUAUCCCAUCCUUGUCCCUCUGUUAUUUCUCCAUCAUCUCCUCCUCCCUUCCUCCCGAAGACAGCGUGAGACGUGCGCCUGUGGUUGUAUCAUCCCAUUCUCUCUCUGCAUCCUCCUUUGGCUCCAUUCCUCACACAGAUCUAGCCUCCAGCUGUGGAACCGCGAGCAGAAGCUCACUGAGUUAUUGGAUCCCACACUUGAGUCUCUGUCUCCAGCCACAGCCAGACGGAUUCCAGCUACAUGGGCAAACGCUUGGAACAGCAACCAAUGUACCCCCAGUACACUUACUACUACCCUCACUACCUUCAGACUAAGUCAUAUGCCUUGCCCCCACCUCCCAUGGCUCCGCCCAGCCCCAGCACCAACAGCAGCAGCCACAGUGCUGCGGAGCAGCUCAGUAAAACCAACCUGUACAUCCGGGGCCUUCCGCCUGGGACCACCGACCAGGACCUCAUCAAACUCUGCCAACCGUAUGGAAAAAUAGUGUCAACAAAGGCAAUCCUGGACAAAAACACUAACCAGUGCAAAGGAUAUGGCUUUGUGGAUUUCGACAGUCCGGCGGCGGCGCAAAAAGCUGUAGCGUCCCUGAAGGCCAGUGGAGUGCAGGCACAGAUGGCAAAGCAACAAGAGCAGGACCCCACUAACUUGUACAUCUCAAACCUUCCGGUUUCGAUGGAUGAACAAGAGCUUGAGAGCAUGCUGAAGCCAUUCGGCCAUGUCAUCUCCACACGGAUACUCCGAGAUGCCAACGGGGUCAGCCGAGGGGUCGGCUUCGCCAGAAUGGAGUCCACUGAAAAAUGUGAUGUGGUGAUUCAGCAUUUCAACGGAAAGUUCCUCAAAACCCCGCCGGGAGUCCCAGCACCGACGGAGCCGCUGCUGUGCAAGUUUGCUGAUGGGGGACAAAAGAAGAGACAGAGUCAAAGCAAGUACCCGCAAAAUGGACGACCGUGGCCCCGGGAAGGAGAGAGUGGCAUGACACUGACCUAUGACCCCAACGCAAUGCAGAAUGGGUUCUACUCUUCACCGUACAGCAUCUCCACAAACCGCAUGAUCGCCCAGACGUCAAUCACUCCAUUCAUCGCCUCUCCAGUCUCCACAUAUCAGGUCCAGAGUACGUCGUGGAUGCCUCACCAACAGUACGUUAUGCAACCUACGGGUGCUGUGAUCACGCCAACCAUGGACCACACCAUCUCCAUGCAGCCAGCUAACAUGAUGGGUCCCAUCACCCAGCAGAUGAACCACCUGUCCCUGGGUACCACUGGCACAUACAUGACUGCGGCUGCUGCUCCUAUGCAGGGGACCUACAUUCCCCAGUACACUCCGGUGCCUGCCUCAGCUGUCUCAGUCGAGGGCGUGGUGACUGAUGCUUCUCCACAGAGUGUUCCCUCCUCGCAGGACGCAAGUGGUCAGCAACAGCCUCUGGGUGUGGACAACCCCAACGAUCACGUGCCCACCUACUCUUUUCAGCCCGCUAAAUAACCGGAGGAGGUGGGGGUUGGGGCGUUGAGGUGACUGCGUUGCCUUGAAACCGGGGGACUGCAACACGGGAACAUUGAAGACAGAGGGCAAGAUAUAGGAAAACACGUUUGUGUCUACUUUUGCACAAGCAUUACAAAACAGUUUAUUUAACACCUGGCCCACAACGGAGGACCUUUGGAGAACUCGCAUCCAGAAAUGCAGUCUGUGAGGAAGUGAUGAAUUCAAACAAGUACAAGUUUUCCAAUUCUUUUUUCGAAUGUGCAGGUAGGUGUUCAGAAACAGUGGGUUUUUCUAUUAGUCGAGGAAGCACGUUCUUGUAAAACAAUGAGAGAAGGAGAAUAAGAAGUCUUCCUCGAAUUCUAAGCUACUAUUACUUUUCCCUUUUUAUGAGUUAGAUUUUAGUUUUCUAGAGAAUAUCAAUGUUUUUUCAUCUUUGUUGCCUUAAUUUCAAGAAACAUCUAAGACUUUUCCUGUUCGAAGUAUCUGGACUGACGAAUGCAGUGACAAAUGACCUGGCAAAGAGAGAAAAACCUGUAUAGCGCUUAUAGAGAGGUCUCCUGGAGACAUUUUAAAUUAUCAUUGGUGACUUUGUGUUUAAAAGAGAGGAUAGACAAAAUAUUGUGAUGAUGAUUAAAGAGAAUUGCAUUUUUUUAGAGGAAAAAAAUAUUAUUCCACUGCAUCGUGUGAAAUGCAGUUUAUUGUGUAGUGCAGAUCAUUUUUAAUGGCAUUAUUGUUUUUAUCUGCAAUAUUUUUUAUCAGCUUUAAGGUGUUUUUAGCCUGCUUUGCUUGUUUCAUUGUGGAAAAAAGUUGAAAACUUUAUCUAAAAAGUAAAAAAUAUAUAUAUACUGGCAGUGCAAAUCAACGUAGAUAAGAGCUUAUGGAUUAAAUCUAAAAAAAAAAAAAAAAAAGCAAAUGUGUGCAAAAAGCAAUAGUAAUAGGAAAUUGUUGACAAUUUCUUAAGUCUUUCUUAGCUGUGGAUCAAAUGCAGCCCAUUGAUGGCAUAUUUUAUACCAAAGAUGAAGAAACCCCCUUCAAGACAGUGGAGUUGAUUGAUUUUAUGUUUUCCUUUUUUCUAUUUUGAUAUUUUUUUUUUUUAUGUUUUAAUAAUUAUGUUUCUAAGGUAUCCAUUUGACCUUGAUGGCAAAAUUGGUGCUUUACUUUAAGGGUUUAAACUUCUUUCCACUGUUGCAGAAUCUAUGUCAAGUGUUCAGUUUAGAGGCAGAAAAACACCAUCACAGAUAUCACAUAUUGCUGAGUGUAUUCACCCCACCAGAGGGCAUCAGAGAGAGUCUGAUCCAUCAAACAUCUCCCAUCUGCCAGACUGAAUAAUACUAUACCUCUCUUUCACUGCACCUUCUCAGUCACUGAUAUAGAGUCAGCCACUAUUAUAUGUCACAUAAGCAUUUCAAAGAAGGCUGAUUAUCAUUUCAACUCAACAGGAAGGAAUCCAAGUACUCACUAGUGUGUUUUUAAAUUCUGUGUAAAGCUCACUACCUCAUCAAAAGCAAUUUUACCACGAGGAAACACAGGAACAUAGGAAAAUGUAUUGCAGGUCAUGAAGCCAAGCUUUGCAUUAGAUGCACUGAGAAAAAUUAACACUUGGCAAAAUAGUACAUCCGUUUGACAAAUGUUACAAAACAAGCACCCCCCACCCUGUUAAAAAAACUGCUUAAACCAGCCUAAGCCGGUCUAGCUGGUCUCCUAGCCUGACCAAGUUGGUAUUCAGCUGGUCUAGCUGGUUACCAAACCUGGCCAACUGGUUGUAGCUGAUUUCCCAGCCUACCCAAGCUAACCUUCAGUUGGUUACCCAACCUAAGCAUGCUGGUCUUCCACUCUGGCCAAGCUGGCCUAGUUGGUCUCCCAGCCUGGCUAAGCUGCUCUUUAGCUGGUCUAGCUGUUCUCCCAAACUGGUCUAGCUGGUCUCCCAGCCAGAGAAAUUUUGUAUUCAGUUGAUCUAGCUGGUUACCCAACCUGGCCAAACUUGUUUUUAGCUGGUCUCACAACCUAACCAUGCUUGUCUUCAUCUGGUCAUGUCUAGCUGGUCUUCAGCUGGUCUAGCUGCUUUCCCAGCCUGCCCAAGCUGGUCUCACAACCUAACCAUGCUUGUCUUCAGCUGGUCAUGUCUAGCUGGUCUUCAGCUGGUCUAGCUGCUUUCCCAGCCUGGCUAAACUGGUCUCCAGAUGGUCUCCCAACCUGGCCUUGCUGGUCUUCUGCUGGUCUAUCUGGUCUUCCAGCCUGGCCAUCUGAAAGUGUCCAAAGCCUAUUUAAAACCAGACAACAGACAAGGGUGAGAGACCAACUAAAACCUGAAAACCAGCUGAUGCUGGUUUAUGGUGUUUUUAAGCAGGGCAGUCGUCCACUAAUGACAUAUUUUCAGUUGCAACAAUUGAAACACCUCACAUUAUAUGCAAGGUUUCUUUAUUUAAAUGCAUGCAAUUGGAAUUCACUUGUGAUAAUGGCAUUACUUGAAACUAAGGUGCCUACUGUCAUCAUACCUGUAGGAUUUGGUGGUUGCUAAGGUGCCUUGUUACAAAGCAGUGACAGCCAUCUCAGUAUUAGUUAGAAAUAGCACACAUGAUGACUAUCAUUCUGACCUUCUACAUCUGAAAUCUGCUAUAAUUUAUCAGGCUGUCCGUUCCAGAGUGGGGGAAACUAGCAAAUAAACAAGUACUGGGUAAAUAUCUCAUUUUGCAACACAAAAGAAAAGGCAGACUGCUCUCCAUUGUAUUCAUGCAAACUAAUAGGACACAACACUACCACUUCAGCUAAGAGUAUCAAUAUAUAUGGUGAAGUAUGGGGCUGUCUUUGCUGCCUUUAUGGUUGUUUGCCUCAUAAAUAUGCCUCCUAGUUUAACAGUCAGGUAAUUAGAGAUCUCUCAGGUGCUCUGGGAAUAAAUUCAGUUGUCAUUUGGUAGAUUACAGUUAUACUUGCAUUUCUUUUUAUUCCAUUUACAGAAUUCUAAGAAGUUACAAUUAAAUAUGUUAAUCCAUACAGAAAACUGUGUACUGAAGGGCCAACAAGAGACAUCAAGAUCAUUUCAAGUUCUAUUUGUGCUGGUCAUUUUGGUCCACAUGCUCUUUUCAAUGUCAUCUUUCACAGUCUUUGCAAAGAGGCGAGUUCAGAGAAUGCUUCAGUCUUUUUCCCAGUAUUCCCACAAUAGGACAUCAGACACAAAGUAAUGAUAUCAAUUAACCACUAGAGGACAGUAUUAAAGCAAAGAUGCUGUACUUCAUCCUCUGCUUUGGCAUUAACCAUUUCAGUUAGCUAUGAAACAAUUUCACACUGUGGAUUAAAGCGAUUUCUGAACGAGGACCAGUUUUGGCAACACAACAAAUCUACCGUAAUGACUGAUACUAUAAGGAAAACAAGCUAGCUUUUCAUUUCCACCUCUUUAAAGAAAAAACGUUUUAAACAAAAAAGAGAAAAGUCACUGUGUUUUAUGUCUGUUAUCCACUGUCUUUUUGGAGAGUUAUUUUUAUCAUGUGCUCGCUGCUAUCAAGCAUUCAGUAUUUAAGGGCAGGGCCUUGGGGACAGAUGGGUGACUUGGGGUGAUAUUCUCACACAAGAGGUGUAUGUGUGGUUACCUUAAAGAGAUAGUUCACCCAAAAAUUAACUAUCAUUUACUCACCCUCAUGCCAUCCCAGAUGUGUGACUUUCUUUCUUCUAAUGAGCACAUUUUUAGAAGAAUAUUUCAGCUCUGCAGGUCCUCACAAUGCACGUGAAUGGUGACCAGAACUUUGAAGCACAAAAAAGCUAAUAAAGGACUUAAAGGCAGCACUAAGGAAAUCCAGAUUACUCCAGUGGUUAAAUCCAUAUCUUCAGAAGCAAUGAUCAAUAGAUCAAUAUUAAGUCAUUUUUUACUAUAAAUUCUCCUCCCUGCCCAAUAGGUGGUGAUUUGCACAGAGAAUGUGAAUCGCCAAAAACAAAAAAAGAAGAAUGUGAAAGUGAAAGUGGAGAUUGAUAGUAAAUAAUCCUUAAAUAUUGAUCUGUUUCUCACUCAGACUUAUCAUAUUGCUUCAGAAGACAUGCGUUUAACCACUGAUGUUGUAUGGAUUAAUUCUAUGAGGCCUUUGUUGCAUAUGGAACAUAUGGAUUCUUUUUUGACCUACAGAGCUGAGAUAUUGUUUUAAAAAUCUUCAUUUGUGUUCAGAAGAAGAAUGAAUGUCAUGCACAUCUUGGAUUGCAUGAGGGUGAGUAAAUGAUGAGAGAAUUUUCAUUUUGGGGUUAAAUAUUUCUUUAUGUUGUACCCUACAUUUUGCACUCUACAGCUGUCAUAUUUCUCAUUAAAGAGUGAAAAACAAAAUGUGAUAAAGGAAUAGUUCACACAAAAAUGAUUAACUUACCCUUGUGUUUUUCCUGACUUGUAUUACUUUCUGUCUUCUCUGAAACACAAAAGGAGUUUAUAGUUAGAAUGUUAGUCACCAUUCACUUUCAUAGUAUUG